UUGUUGUUGAAACAAGGCAGUCCUUCAGGUGAAACGUCCCCCUGCAGCCCUGGGUCCUUCGAGACUGGAGUUCCCCCGCACCUUUCCUCCCUGAGCGAAGAGGUUCCGCCAGAGCCCUGGGUUCCCCCAGCUUUGCAGGAAGGAUUUUGUGGAACUGGUCGAGUCGCUGUCCUCCCAGAAGGAGGACGAGUCGUGGCUUCCAGCCCUGCACCCCCGCAGACAAGGGCCUGCGGAAUAUGUCCCUAGACGCAGUGGACGGAGCGCGGGCCGUGGAGCCAGAGAGGAAUGUGCCCACACUACCUCCUGCGUGGAAUGUUGAGGACUUAGUGAGAAGAUUCGCCCAAGAGCACAAAGUGUGUGGGCUGGGAUGGUGAGACUGUGCGCUUCAGAACCGGAGGGGUCGGCCGCUCCUCCUGGGCAGAGUCCGCUUGCUCAGGCUGUACCAUCUGCCUUGAGUCUGUGCUGCCGCCAGGAUGCGGUGGCGGGACCGCGUGGCCGUGCUCUUCUUCCCACAAGGCAUGAUUCUCACCAUGGCUGCACUGAUGCUCUUCUUCAUACACCUGACCGUCUUCGCCAGCGACGUGCACAACUUCUGCGUCACCCACCACUAUGACCGCAUGAGCUUCCGCUACACAGUUGUCCUGAUGUUCUCCCAGGUGAUCGGCAUCUGCUGGGCCGCCAUGGGGUCACUCUACGCUGAGAUGACACAUGACAAGUUUCGUCGAUGCUUUUCACUGACCGUCCUGAUGCUCAACGGAGCCAUGUUCUUCAACCGCCUGUCCCUGGAGUUUCUGGCCAUCCAGUACCGGGAAGAGAACCACUGAGGCCUGGGGCCCAGGCUGAGAAGGGGGAAGGAAAAGGCUGCUUCGGGUGUUUUAAUAAAGUCUGUCAUUUAUUUC